AAUAGAAAUUGUACUAGUAUAAAUACAGGUCUAAGUAAAGCUCCAAUGCAUCCAUCAACCAAUAAUCAAUUCUCCCUUAGUUGAGUUAACUUGUUCUUGCAUAUCAUAAAAAAUGGCUUCUUACCCUAUCAAGGUUGUCAGCACUGUAACCCUUCAAUCAAGUGCAGACAAGCUAGUGAAGUUCCUCGGUGGGGCUUCAACUGAUCUCAAAAACCUCCUGCCCGACGUCUACACCCAAAUCAAUGUUCGCGAGAGUACAAAUGACUAUAUUAAGAGGUUCCAACUCGUAUAUGCUAGUGGAUUUCCAAUCGUGUGGGCAGAAGUCAACAUCACUGUACUUGACAGAGUGAAUAUGAUAAGCAUUUACCAUGUACAUAUACUUACAAAUGGAAAUGCUGGAGAUUUCAAUACACGUGGCACCACGAUUAGAGUGAUCGAAGUCUUGAGAGCAGACGGAAAUGGCAGUAAGGUGGAGCGGACCUACGAGUUUGAGAGAGCAAACACUGAUGUUGGUCCUGCCUUUUUUGAAUUUGAGAUCUCCAAUCUCAUUAAGCUCGAUAAAAAACUAGCUUGAAGAAAAUCACUUAGUAGAUGCCACUAAAUAAGAAGUCCUGCGUAUGCAUUUACGUAGUAUUCGUCAUCAAGCAUCUUUUAAAUUAGUCUAUGUUGUCUAUUAUUGUAUGUGAUGGUGUGUAAAUUGCAGUCUUCUGCAUUUGUCACUUCGCCACUGUACGGUUGACGCUUAUCAAUAAUCUAUGUCUAGUGUAUUUCUUUCACGAAUAAUGUUAAAUAGCUUAAUUUGAACUAUCUCAAAUGUUAUUUUAAAAAAUUAAUAGAAAAUUAUAUGUGGAGC